UAAAUCACCCACUGCUCGUAGUUCACACCUCUACCAAUAGUGGAGUAAUCCAGAGGGUGUCUGUGGCUAAAUGGGGCAGUGCAAUUGGUUGACCAUGGCUUGACAAACAAGCGCUACCAAUUACAAGGGAAACGCACUGCAGGCAACAAUGAAGCGCAUGGGCAUUUAGGGCUAUGGGGACAACAAUGAGCGGUGUGGUUUUCUUUGUACCAUAUGUGCAGUCAGCGCUUGGCUUGUUGGUUAGCUGCACAUGUGGCCAUCACCUGGAAGACUAGCUAACUGGCAUUGACCUGUCUCAUGAAAUUUUAGUCUUGUUUAGCCCGUGUUGAUGUGUCUAGCUACAGUGCAAUAAAACUUAAAGUUACACAGUGAAGUCUUAUUUCUCCGUGUUGGACAAAAGCUUUAUCAACCCAGUAGUAAUUGAGUCACGUAUUGCACUCACUCCUCGGCCAAAACAAAUAGCAUCUUGUUUUGUAUUGGAAGAUGAUGUAGUGUGUUGAUACUGAAGGAGCUCUAUUCAUUAUAAACUACUACACCACUGUGACUACUGGAUCUCUUGGAUUAUUUCUCUUGAUUGGUUGAUGUAACUGUGAUUUCAGUCUUACUCAUGUACGCCGUCCCGAUGGUGGUGAAGCCUCUAUUUAAGGAAAUAAUGAAAGAUCAUAGCGAUAGCAGAAUGCCUGAGUCACCCAUUGAACAGAGUAGCAUGAACAAGCAUACUGCUCAGACCUCACCUAGUGCUGUAGCUAUGGCAACACAUCCGAGGUCCCUCUCUACAAAUUCAGCAUCAGGUUCACUGGUGAAUGGGAUGCAUUCACCACACAGUGUCAAUAGCACCCCAUCACCCCCUAGCAGUGUCAGUGGCAUGACACCCGCUGGACAGGAGCUACCCCCAGCCUGUGGGGCCAGACAGCUCAGUAAACUCAAACGAUUCCUCACUACACUGCAACAGUUUGGCUCGGAUAUCUCACCCGAGAUUGGAGAGAGGGUCAGGAACCUAGUAAUGGGACUAGUGAAUAAUGCAUUGACAGUGGAAGAUUUCCACAACAAGCUUCAGGAAGCAACCAACUUUCCCCUCAGGCCAUUUGUCAUACCAUUUCUUAAGGCCAAUCUUUCCCUCCUCCAGAGGGAGUUAAUACACUGUGCCCGCAUCGCUAAGAUGACUCCGUCCCAGUAUUAUAUGCAACAUGAGCAGCAGAUUCUGGAUGGUAAGACCAUGCCGGUAGAAGGAGAAGCAGUCGCUGAUAUUAAUGAGAAUGGUAAAAGAAGAACACCUGAUGAUAGAAUAAUGGGUCGACCAAAGGAGAAUGGGGCUGAUCACAUGACCGAGGUACCUCUCCCCAAGAGACACUGUACAGUGAGUCCAGGUAGUAUUCAUCUAACGACCCCACCCCAAGCCCCCAACCAUUACCCUCCGGCUGCCAUGCCUCAUCAUCAAAUCCGUAUGGAGGACCUUGCUCAUGCUAGAGAGAUGCGAGAGAUGGCAAGAGAGAGAUACGAGAGGGAGCGGGAACGACACCCUGGAUACAGUUUUCCAGCAAGGGAGCAUGUCUACCCUGACCAAAUGUUUCUCGAUGAUCGAAUAGAGGAUGACUGGAAACACGUUGACACGAUGUUACAAUGCAUUGUUGGCAUGGUAGAAAAGACCAAGCGUGCUCUGGCUGUGCUUCACCAGCGCAGCAUUCAGGAUCGCGAGGAGCUCUCUCUAUGGGCGCGCCGUCACACCGAGAACACAGAGCAAGAUUUAAAGAAACGGGCUGGAGAGAUAAUGACCCAUUCACUUCGGCAGAAUGAGGAACGUGUCUCGGAGGUGAAGCGAAGGACUGGUAUGUCCAGGAACACUCUCAGACUCGGUGAUUGCACUUUCCCACAUCUUUCAUUCGAAGAAGCUGUGAAUGAGGUAAAGCGUCAGGCCGUCUCCGAGCUGCAGAAAGCUGUUGCAGCUGCAGAACAGAAAGCCAAUGAGAUGGUGAAUGCUGAGAGGGCUAAGAUUGACCAGGCUGUGGUGGAUGCUCGCAGGCAAGCAGCAGAUAAUGUGGUUUCUAUGCUCAAUCAUCAGGAAGAUUCCAGUGAGAGUUGUUGGAAUUGUGGACGUAAGGCAAAUGAGACCUGCAGUGGUUGUAAUACCGCUCGGUACUGCGGGUCAUUCUGUCAGCAUAAAGACUGGGAAACACACCAUCGUGUAUGUGGACAAUAUGCAGCACAAGCUUCAUCAUCGGGUCGUACUGAUGGUACACCAACACCAGCUGCAGCAGGUAGUAGUGGCAGUAAACCACCAGCAAUUAUAACAGCAUCUUCAUCAUCAGCAGCAGCAAGUCCUGCUGGAUCUAGUCAUUCUAAUAUCUCUGCUGUUGCAGGAUCACCUCCCGCUGCCAUACCAUCAGUUACUACUGAAACAGCACGGUAAAAAAAAAACAUGGAUACCUGACGCUUCAUUGGAAGAUGAGAUAUACGUCUUUGAUGUUUGAUGUACUCUGUGUAUAUUCCUUGAGACAUUGCUAAGACUUGACUUUAUCCUUUGUGGAUCUCAGCAUGUUUUUUUCCCAUCUACUGCGCAUUGUGUCUGCAUUUUGUACUAUGUAAAUACAGAGAAAUAACUAAUAUAUAUAUAUAUAAAUAUAUAUAUAUGGAAAGAGUAUUUUUGCUUUCUUGCCAGCUUCACCGUUGUGUAUAAAAUUUGCUGUAAUCUCCAAGUCUGGCAACCCAUGUAAUGGAUGGAGAUAGGAGUGACCAAGUUGGCUUAAUUUGUGUAGAGUUUUUGUGUUUGCUGUAGGCUGUCAUUCACAUGCUGUGCUUCAAGUAUAACUCACCCUGGACAAUAAAUGACAACUACUCUAGAAUGAGGGAUUUGUUAGCAUAUCUACAAGACCACAUUUCUCCUCCAGUGUAGCUGACCACACCCCCCAUUAUUCUUCUUCUUCUUCUUCUUCUUCUUCUUCUUCUAAGAUGUUGUCUAAGACUGUUUUGACACUAUUUCAAAACAGUUUACAUAGAGCCAUGGCUCUUAUUGCAUUGUUCCCUCUAUAGACCUUAUGCACAUGACGUCAUUUCAGUAGGGCGCCCUCACCUAGUGGUCAAAAGGAGGUUGUUCAUUGGCC